AUGUCAUCGCCCAACAAUAACGAUGCUUUUAAGCUCUCUGAGCUGUUCAAUGUCAAGGACAAGGUUGUCGUCGUCUCCGGUGGUGGCUCGGGCAUCGGCCUCAUGGCGACACAGGCAUUCGCUGUGAACGGUGCUAAGGUCUACAUUAUCGGCCGCACAAAGGAGAAGCUCGACAAGGUCGCUGAGAUCUACGGCAAGGACAUUCCUGGACAAAUCAUCCCCAUCCAGGGUGACAUCUCAAAGAAGGAGUCGAUCACUGCCAUGGUCAAGGAGAUUGAAAGUAAGGAGAAGUGUGUCUGCAUCCUGGUCAACAACGCUGGCGUUUCGUCCAACACCAUGCAGACCGAGGCCAAGACUGCCGAGGAGAUGAAGGCUAACCUUUUCGACAACCCCGACUCCAACAUUGAGGACUGGACCGAUACCUACAAGACCAAUGUCCCUCAAUGCUUCUUCAUGACCAUGGGCUUCCUGCCUCUGCUCCAAAAGGCUUCCGAACACCAACACGGCUUCUCUGGCUGUGUCAUUAAUGUCUGCUCUAUCAGCGGAAUCGUCAAGACUGCUCAGCACCACUUUGCCUACAAUGCCUCUAAGGCAGCCGUUAUUCACCUUACUAAGAUGCUCGGCUUCGAGAUCGGCAACAACGGCCUUAAGGUUCGUGUCAACUCCAUCGCUCCCGGUGUCUUCCCUUCGGAGAUGACUCAGGGUGAGAGUGGUGAGAAUCAAAAGUCAGAGCUUCCUAAAGAGGACUUCGAGGGUAAGGUCUUCGCCCAACGCCCUGGUAAUGACAGAGACAUGGGCAACGCAAUGUUAUUCGUGGCUUCUAACCAGUAUUUAAGCAAAGCUAGCAUUCGUACAUGGGGGUCCAGAGCGCGAAUAGCUGAUCACGGCUGA